GAUUUUGUAUGUGAAUCGCGCUUUAAAAAUUAACGUCUAUCUGACAGUCGCCACUUUGCGCUAUGCCAAAUUGGAAAACAAAAACAUGUAACUUUGUGUUCGGCUUCAAUUAUAUACGCACAUUUAGAAAAGUUAUCAUUUAUCAUUUUAUGCAGUAACAAUCAUAAGAUAUUGUGUAAUUACAGUGAGUUGGCAGUAUUGCUACAAUCGUCACCUGUUCAGUGGGGCUCCGAACACAGAGUAAUAUCAAAGUGAAAUUAUGAUUCAAAAUUGUGAUAUGCCGAAAAUUGCCGGGGCAAUAGUUUUGCCCCAAAUCGGUGGAUGGAUCAAUGGGUAUUUAACUCGAAGAGAAAUAAAGGGAUGGUAUCAGUCCUUGAACUUCCCAUCCUUUCGCCCUCCGAAUUGGGUGUUCGGUCCAGUCUGGACAUCGUUGUAUGCUGGCAUGGGUUACGCCUCUUACUUGGUGUGGAGAGACGGUGGUGGAUUUGGAGGCAUCGCAAAAGGUCCCCUUAUUCUUUACGGUACACAAUUGGCUCUCAACUGGGCCUGGACACCAAUUUUCUUCACACAACACGACUUGAAAUGGAGCUUAGUAGAAAUUGCUGCAUUAACUACAACUGUUGCUGCUACGGGAUUUGCAUUUUUCAACAUUAACAGAAUUGCCGGUUAUCUGUUUAUUCCGUACUUCGCCUGGUGUUCGUUUGCAACUUUGUUGAAUUAUGAGAUAUACAAACUUAAUCCUAAGCAAACAGCGACGAUUGAAGAAAUUAAGGAGGACAAACAAAAGUAACUUAUGGAGACUCCAUAAACCAUUUGUCAUUUAUUUUGAACCGAUCAAUUCUAGCGAUCGUGUAAUCCAGAGAAGAGGGUGUAACCAAAGUAGAUCUUACACGAUCAAUAUUGUCAUUGAAUACAUACAACAUCAAAUAGAUAGUAUAUACUUCACAAACUUUACACACAUUACACGUGAAUGCUUAAGCUUUUGCUAAAUGUUAAAAUUAAAAAGCAUUGACGAAAAAAAUGACAGAAUUAUUGACUAUGUAAGGUGCUACAAUACUGUGCAAAGUGCGCUCAGUCGCAACUUUGUAUUUGCUUUAUGAUAUAUUUUAAAAUAAUGUCAGGGAAAAGGUUAUUACUGUUAGAACAUGCAUUAAACGAAAGAAUAAAAAUAAAAUUUAUAACACA